CCCGCCCCCAGCGAGCCAGCCCGGCCUUCGCGGGGGCUGAGGGGCUCGGGCCCCGCGGUCCCCCCGCACAGGCCAGGAGAAAGCUAGAAAUUAUGUUCGUGGAAUCUCAAAUAUUUCCAAGACCCUCUCAGGAACCAUCCUUGAAGAAAUGUGAUUUCAUGGAGAGUAUGCCCUCGGAGAUCAUCCUGAUGAUAUUUUCUUACUUGGAUCCUCCGUCCUUGUUGUGCAUCGGUUGCGUGAAUAAGCGUUUCUAUCACCUGGCCAAUGAUAAUAUGAUCUGGUUCAGAACCUACACUGCUUUCUUUUCACCUGAAAGUUCAAAGUGGAAAACGAAUCCAGAUGAGAAGAUUUCCAUUCAGGACCAAGACAUUGGCUAUUGGAAGAAGGACUAUAUUAUGAAACGAAUUGAAGCUGGCCAAAGAAUGGCCAUUCAGUUCAUCAAACCUGUCAAUUCUUACACUGGCCUUCCAUAUAAGACCAAAGAAGCUAUCAAAGUGUCCGGCCUGAAGUGGGUGAUGGUUUUGAAGGAAAGAAAUGGAAAGGAGCAUAUUAUGGAACAGACUGAGACUUUCCUCAAUGACUCCUCUGUCACUGUGGUUUGGUAUGGACAAAGUUGGCCACCUUUUGCUUUACUGUCAGCAAUAGAUUUGUGUGGCGUCACACCAGUUUUCCUGGACCGUUGUAUGGUUCACACCAGAAAUGGACCUUGGCGACGUUCCCUAAUUGCUGAGCACUGUUUGAGUAACCUAACUAGGUCCCAGAUGAUUGGCUCUGACAGACUCAUCCAGCUCUUCCACCUGGCCCCAGGACUCAUUGUUGGGCUAUGGAAGCAAGAGAAGGAAAUGGCUUUUGUUAUGGCGAGUCUUCAUUAUCAUCAACUUCUGGAGAAGAGCAUUUUGGGCUCAGUCUCGGUCCCGUAUGCCGCUCCUCCUCACAACGCUUUUCUGGAUAAACUUGAUCCACAGUUUGGAUUGCGUGGAUAUCAGCUACAUAUCGACCUGCACAACGGGAAGGAUAAGUACCUGCGUGGAACCUUCCGCGAUGUCUGCGGCAGUAAAGAUUACAUUCAGAAUGGAUACUUGAAGCUCAUAAUCAUAAAUUAUAACAAGAAUGCUCAACAUCUACGUCUUAAUAAAAAUAUUGGCAUCUUCUGGAAGGCAGAUAAUUUUGAAGGCAAUGUACAGAACUGCUGUGUAAUGGACAUUACCCUUCUGGAUGAUACAGAGAAACCUUUCUGGUGUUUCAGUUCCCCAGUCACCCUAUAUCCCGUUUCUCAACCUUCUGACCAUUCAAACAACGGAGUAAAGAACUUCAGUGGAAGCUACCUGGGCCCGGAAGGAAGAGUCCUGUUGAAGUUCACCCGGAUGGAAACGACAGAAGAAUUCUACAUUGUCAACUUGGUUCUUUACAUAAGCAUUAAAAAAGUGAAUCGGUGGUUUGGAACCAACUACUGAAAGUCUGUGCAGAAUCAAACUACUUUUCUCUAACUGGUUUUGGUUUUUGUAUUAAAGAGUAAAAGAAAGUUAGUGCUAGUGGAAGGAUGUAAAGAGUUUUCCUUUCUGGUUGCAAACAAGGCCAAUGGGGUCCAUUGUCUUUCAUGAUGAUUAUUGGAGGAUCCUUGAACCCUGACAGCAUUUAACACCGAACAUAUUUUCUAGAAACAUCCAAAGUGUAUCAUGAAUCUUAUUUUUGGAAUUGUAAAUGAUCCAAUGUAAAGGCUGCUGAAGGACGUGUGGUGUAAAUAUAAAUAUGUGAUUAUUAGUACUGUAUCUUCUAAACUAGUAAGAACUAAAAAACAUAACAGAGCCCUGAACAUAACUCCAAGAAGUCCAUUUGAACUGGGGAAUGUUUCCCUUAAAUUCUGCCAAGUCAAGUUUUCUUAAAGAUCAAGAAGAUAAGUAAUCUUCUAAAUUAUCCAGAGAACAUGUCAUUGGACUGGUAACUUUUUUUAAGAAAAGAAGUUAUACAAAAGUGGAGAUAGAUGAGCCCAAAAGAAUGUUUUCCUUUUAGUAAAUUUGAACAGGGUAAAAAAGUAAGUUUAUGACAAAAAAUGUAUUGCAUAUUUUUGAUGAUGUCGUGUACUUUCAUAGCACUUUGUUUCUUUUGGGUUCUUAGA